AUGCCCGGAGCUGUUCUUCCUGUGGCAGAGCGCGCUCCUUCAUUACGCAUCAGUUUACGUAGGAAAGCUGUAUCGCAGCGAGAGCGCAGCGCAACUCCUGAGCCUCCCAGGAGUACAAGAAAAAGCCAAGCAAAAAAGCGAGGUAGACCGACAGGAUCAAAAACGAAGAGUUCUUCUGCGAACAAGUCUCAGGUGGAAUCGAAAGCGAGGCAGUCUAGAGGAAAGUCCUCUAGAAGCAAACACUCGAAACCAUGGGAGUACGAUGAUGGUGAUGAACAGCACUACGACUAUGUUUCUUGCUCUGAAUCUGAGUCAUCAUCUAGCGAAGAAGAAUAUUCGUUCAAGGCUUCAAAUUCUCGUGUGGAGUUCUUAGAGGAUGAGCUUGACGAUGACAGCAUUGUUAACGAUGAUUCGAUCCAUACCUUCGAAGAGGAUCUUGUAAGUUUUAGCUCUUGUCUUUCUAAAACAGUUUGGUGUUAUAAUGAUGUAAUCGCUCUCCAAAGCUCAUAGGC